UCGCGUCCAUAAUUUUCAUAGCAACUUGAAAUAAUGAAAGUGUUUUAAUUUAAAUUUUUUUUAAAAAUUGAUUAAAUAAAUUAAUCAAGAUGACUUCGACAUCACGUAGUGCUCGUGAAUUUUCUAGUAAUAGUAAUUCAUUAAAUUUCGGUGAUCACAUACCAAAUUUUUAUUCGAGUAAUUUUUUAAAUCGUGCUACAAGUUCACAUUUACAUCAUAAUAAUUCAAGUUUACAAUCGGCGAUUGCUAAGGAAGGUGUUAGCUAUGUUGUUCGAUACAUUGGUUGCCUAGAAGUGAAUACGUCUAUGAAAGAUCUUGAAUUUGAAGUUCGAUCAAAGGUUGCAAAGGAAUGUAUACGACGAGUUUGCGAAGCUGCAGGUUUAAAAACAGCCACAAACAAAUCAUCUUUAAGGAGUUCUAGUAACAGUAUAUCAAAAUUAUUAGGAGAAAGGCCUCGAAUGGAACAUGCUGGUGCUGAUGUGAAUCUCACAAUUUCAAGUGGAUGCUUAGUUCUAUCCGCGCUGCACAGUGGACAAGUCAUUGUACGACACGACAUGCCAAGAAUAUCAUUCGCUUCGGGUGGAGACACAGAUACACUUGAUUUCGUUGCAUACGUUGCAAAAAAUUUACAAGAAUGGCGAGCAUGCUACGUGCUAGAAUGUGGUGGUGGAUUAGCACAGGAAAUAAUCGCAACAAUUGGGCAAGCAUUCGAUUUACGAUUUAAACAAUUCAUGACAAAACCACCAAAUGUUAUGUUAGCAUUAUCCAGUUUACGGCAUAGUAACGUUAGCACGAAUAAUGUUGAUCGUGAUUAUUAUAAUGACUUACCGGGAAAAGUACCACCGGAAAUGGGUCCACCCCCAGUCCCACCGUUACCAAAUCAACAGAAACACGAUACACAGCUGUUGCAGCAACAUAAUACGAAUCAUAAUUUAAUUGAUUUACAUAGUCCGGUACAAACAGUACCUCCACAUAAUCCAACGGCUUCGUCGUUGUUACAAGAACAUAAUUACGUUAACGAUAAUGCGAUUGAUACAUCAUCUUCCACUCAACCAGUUAAAGAUAUAUUCGAUAUGCAUCCAUUUGGUCAUGAAGAUACUCAAAGAGCACAACUAUGGCGUGAAAUAUGGUAUCAUGGUGCAAUUAGUCGUGCCGAAGCUGAAGCAUUAUUACAAAAAGACGGUGACUUUUUAGUACGUGAAUCACAAGGCUCAUCUGGCCAAUAUGUUCUUACAGGAAUGCAACAUAAUACUAAGAAACAUCUUUUGUUAAUUGAUCCUGAAGGAGCUGUUCGAACCAAAGAUCGAAUGUUUGAGAACGUGAGUCAUUUAAUCAAAUACCAUUGUGAGAAUCAAUUACCAAUUAUUUCAGCGGAAAGUGCUCUGGUUCUGCGCACCCCAAUUGCUCGAUCUUAUUCAUUACCUACAACCAAUUAAAAAAAAAAAGAGUCAAAUUUUAACCUAAAUGUUUAUUGGUAUUUAUUGUACCAGGAUGUCACGAAAUUUUAGACUGGAAAAAGAAAUGUUUACAAGUUAGGAAUGAAUUUAAGAAAAGGGUAUGAUUUUUUGGAUACUCAAUGCAAGCGAGAAUUUUUAGCUAGGCAUCCUGAUUAUUCAUUAAUUGGAUUAGUCGUUAGUUGUAAUUUUUUUAGGGUUCUUUUAGUGGGAGUUUAAGACAAUGACGCCAUUUUUAGCCAAAUAUUUUUUAAUAUAAAUGCCAACCAUUAUUAAUUAUGGUUGAAUUAAAAAUUCAUUGUACUAACUAACUCUUACUUAAGUAACUCUAAAUUAUUUUAAUAAAAUUUAUAUAAAUGUUUAAGGAGGAGGGGGACGAAAUUUCAAAGAAUCUUUAAACUAAAGAUUUAAACAAAUGACAAUAUGAAACCAGGUAAUUUUUUAACGUAAAGUCGGCAUGCUUUUAUCAAAAAGUAAGAUAAAAAGACGUUUUGGAUAAUUUUUAAUUUAAACUUAGUAGCUACUGGGCGUGCCUACCACUUGCAACGUCCGGGUGGACUGUCUAACUAAUAAAAAACUGAUUUAGGAUAAAAGCGGGAAAGAGGAAAUAUUCGGCGCAUCACCAAUUAUAGGCUUGAAGAUGUUGUUUGCCGCCAAAUUGGAGUGUGGUCCGAAUUCACUUAUUUUCUAUAAUUGUUGAUAUUAAAUUAACUAAAUUAAAUGUUCCGUAAUAAUCACUAAAUAUCUUUCGAUAUUCUAUUUUGCAAUUAAACUCAACUAACUGAAAUUAAAUGAUAGUUGCAAACUAAUUUAUAAUUAUUUCCAAACUAAAUGAAAUAGACUAUAUUAAAUCAAAUUCGAAUGAAUUGAAUGUUAUUAUCUAACUUAUUAAACUGUUCCGAUGCAAAUUUUGGGAUUAUAAAAAAAUAAGAAAUAUGUUUACUAAUAUUUACUAAAACUGACACCUAACGCCUGGGUCUGGCAGUUUAUCACGACUACUACAGGAGCUGUCACAGUGGUGAGGAGGAGGAAACAAUGUCUCAUCUUCUCUGUCACUGCUCAGCUUUUGCCAUGAGGAGAUGGACUUA